CUUACAGUUUGGUUUUACUUUGUAACUUUCACCUUUUCUGUCCUCGGAUGUAGCAAGAGGUGUCUCAUGUAUGAAACCGACCGUGACUUUCAGUCCUGUAAGGCUUGUUACAGCUGAGAUAGCAUCUCAUACAUUUCACUGUGGCACUGAUGAAAACAUGUAAGUGAAGAUUACUUCACUAGAAGUGUAAAGAAUCAGUGUGGGACCGCCUCGCUCUCAACAUUUCCUGUGGACUCUAUUAAAAACAACAAAACCUUUAAGGACCAACUGAUCGACUCUGGAGGUUUUUCCAUCAGCAGACAAUCUGGAUCUGGACUAGACUGAACUGAACUCAGGUAAGUCUGUGAAGCAUGUUUUUGUUUUCACUGUUGUGAAACUUUAAGGAACGAUCUGUCAGAUAUUCACUGUAUAAAUUCAUAAAACGACUGUGCUGUGUUGUGGGAGAUUAAGGAAACUUAAACUACACUGAAAUUAAGACAGAGCGUCUUGACAACAAUAAUACAGUCAGCAAGUUUCCUCCUCAAGUUUCCAUAAAAUCGAUGUACAACCUCGAAUCAUCAGGAAACAGACAGAGGCUGUUUUUUCCUGAAGGAAAUGAGCUGAAGUAGCCUUACCCUGAAACUCCACCGGUCACGUCUCUGUCUCGACUUCAAACCCACAGGGAGCGUUUCAGAAGCGUUUCUCCCUCCACACUUUGUUGACUUGCUCAGAUUUGGUCAUUUUCCUGGUUCAUGUUCUUCUAAAUAGGCUUCUACAUGUGGAAAUAUGCUACGUACUUCAUUUGUUUUUCUUUUAACUGUCUUUUAACUGACUCGGAUCGCUUACUCUCAGACGCAUGAUGGCUGCUUGCAUGAAGGGCUGGAGAACACUGAGGUUUCUGAUCCUCUUCAGCCUCCUCAUCCUCACUGAACACUUUGAGGUCAGAGAUGAUGAGUGGGAGGAGCUCAGGCCUGAUAUCGCUGCUCUGCACCGUCUCAGAGGACUUUCUGAACAAAUGUUUCACAAAAGGCUCAAAGACCAUCUGAACCAAAGGGACACUGCCAUCCAUGGGGUCAGAGCUAAGCGAUACAGUACCAGGGUGGACGUUGACCAAAGCCCAAUGAGUUUGCAGGAUAAUAUGAAGGAAUGUGAGGAGAGUUUUGGAGCUUGUGUCAUCCAAAUGGAAGAGGAUUUUCAGGACUUCUUGGACGUUAUUAAACAGAAGAUACAAGACUGGCUGCUACAUGCUUCAGAGAUCUCUCACAGCUACAGCCAAAAACUUCUAGUCAUGACUGACAAAGAAAAGUCAACAGAUGACAGAGUCCGACAGGAGUACAGCAUGGAUCCUUAUUACUCAGUAAUAGUCAGCAAAGAAUGCCUGGACAAUGUCUCAUGUGUUCCAGAAGCAGACAGCUACACUGUAGUGAAAAUAUUUGGAAGUGUUUCAGAAGAUGGAGAAACUGUGUCAGGCCUUUCUGGUUCAGCACUCGCAGAGAUGAUGUUGAAACCAUCUCUGGAAGAUGUACCAGUGUUCUCCAUCGAUGGAAACACAACCACACACUUCCAACAUAACUUCAUCCGUGUUUUUGUGGUCCGUGGUAUCAAUGCAGUCUUAGAGACAAAGCAGGAGAAUCACCAGGUUUACCAGAUCAUGAAUCGACCUGACUCAGUUUAUCAAUACCAAAUUCCACAAAGACCGGUUGAUCAUACCACGCAGUACGACCACCAGCAGAUCCUCAUUAUGGAGAAUGAUCCUGUUGUCCAAAAAGCUGCUACUUUUCUUUAUGAGAAGCAUCCAACUGUUAGCUCUGUCUACGUUCUUGAUAAAAACCAAAGACCAAAACUGAUUCACGGUGACUCUGUGCCUCUGACAGAGGACAGCAGACUGGUGUUGGUAGGCCAUGGCGUGAGAGACAACUCCGGAGAGACGAGACUGGCAGGAUACACCGCACAAGAAGUCGCCAAAGUCAUUCAACAAACCCCCAGGGUUUCUGAUAAAAUCAAAACAACGAGUGUGGUGGCCUGUGAGGCCGGAUCAGAUAAAGUGUUUGUUGAAACGCUGCUGAGGGAGCUCCAUGACGCCGGCAUUAAGACAGAGCUGCACCUCAGGGAUGCUGUGGUCCAGGUCAGGCACACAGGAGAGAAAAUCACCCAAGAGAUCUCUACAGAUGGACUGAAAUGGCGACAUAAAGAUGAUAGUAAGAAAGUGGUGGCAGCCCUUGAUAGGAAUGGAGAUGUAAUUAUUAGAAAUGAGCCUGGCAGUAAAGGAGAAGCCAUUUUUACCAAUGAAAGAAACUUGCUAAUGCCCAAGACGAAGACCGAGGAAGUCCGGACCUACAAAGACAGCUGGCCAGAGGAGCCACAGAGGUUUAUUGACCAGAAUAUUUUUAAGUCCAUGGACCAAAAUAAGGCUAACAGAAUACGUGCUGCUUGUGAUGAGCUUGAAGCUCUGUCCUGGGGAAUCUUUCACAGUGAGCGGACCACUAUAAAAAAAAUGAACACUAACAACUUGAAGGAUAUCAAAGAGAGUUAUGUAAUAGGGGAAAGAAUUCAAACUGACAACAACAUUAAGAUAAAUUGGAUAACCAGCGAGCAGGAACUAAAGAAUGUUCUUUCACAAUGUUUUGAGAUUAGAACAGGAUCAGAUGUCAGAAACGUCAUCCGACACUAUGCAAAAACUGGAGAAAAGGUGCCCACAUACCUGAUGGUCAGUGACUGGAUACAUGUUAUUGAUCCUAAAAGUCUGUAUGUGUUUCCAGUUGGAAAAAGGCUUGACAACAAUCAAAUAGGAAAGCAGACGAAAAUUGAAGACGUUAAAAAAAGUAUUGUUGAGCAGAGAGGCCAAGAAAGAUACUCAAAGAUAAGAAAGCAUAUUACUUCUGAACAAUACGCUGAAUAUGCACGAGGCAUUCUGAUUGAUGAGCCUCUACCUUAUCACUUAUCUGCCUGGUACACAACAUAUUUCACUGCGUCAGUAAUAUCUGAAUCUGUUAGAAACUUCCGGACGUUUCCUCUGACUCUUAUGGCCCUGGAUAUGGUUCAAAGUGGAGACAACAAUUACAUGGAAAAAGGACUGGGCUUUCUUUAUGAAGGCCAUUCAAUGGCAACUGGAGGUAGUUGGACUGACCCAAACAUGCGUGGAUUUCUUGGCACAGCAUCAACUAAACCAGACAAAAAAGGAAAAUCAAUGGCAAAACUUAAAGAAGUCUUAAAUAAAGAACUGGAACUGUACCGAUCAUGGAAGAGAAUGAAAAAAUCACAAGGUAUUCAGUCUCCAUUGACCUUGUUAGAAGAAUACCAUUCAACUAUAGGUGAUCCACAAAGCAUCAUCAAUGAUUACAACACUUUCAAAACACAAAUAGGUGAACCUUCAGCAUCUGGCACAUUAGGAGGCUACAAUGACGGCCACGUAACACACCAAGAUCUAAAGUCUUCCAUAGAGUUGGAGAAUUCCUUCAAACAUGAAUCAUAUUUCUCCAGGGCACAAGCAUUGUCUUCUGAACAAAUCCACAAUCAGAUGAAGGCAAAAUAUGGUGAGAAUCUGGCAGGGAUGCACCUCCAGGAGGGCAGUGCCAGGAUGGAGAAUGGACAGUUCAUAUGUAACCUUGUGUCUGAGGGUGCUGAACCUGAGGAGUUUAGGGUUGAGCUGUCUCCAGAGAGUCAACACUACAAUGAAAAGUUGUUGAAGGGCAUUGAGACAGCAGUUCAUGACCUGGAGAGUCAUGGUCCAGUCCCCUCCCAUCAAGUUAACAAGUAUGUAGAGCACAUUGGGACUGCUGUGGGGACUCUGGGCCUCAUGCUGGGGAUGAAAGGAGCUGUUCGUGCCUUUGAACAGGGUGAUGUCCAAGAUGGUGUGAUGGGAGCUUUACAGACGGCUCAUGGAGUAACAGCUAUGACAGUAUCUGUUAUUGCAAGACAAACUCUGUCCUCAGAAGCAAGAAUCGCCAGAGCUGCAGCAAAAAUUAUGGAAAGCCCUGUAAUGAGGGGCACUAUGACAGUUAUACCAGUGGUGGGAAUUGGAUUUGGGGUAUUAAAUUUCCUACAAGAUUUGGACAGAGGUGACACACUGGGAUACAUUGAUGCAGUCUUUGAUGGUGGUAUAUUUGGUUUGGAUGUUGUUGAAUAUUUGGAGCCUGAACUGGCACCAUUUAUAAUGCCUGUAAACUUGGCUCUGUCAACAGUCAGGAUGGUCUUUGAUGAUUUUUAUAUGGGCGUAGAGAAUGAACUAAAGAGCCUCCCAAAGGACGCUGGAGUUCUGGAUAAACUGGUGGCUGUUACUGUUGGCUUAGGGGGGGGGGGGUCUGCAUUUUGGAAUUCAUGUGGCAAGUAUAUUUUAUGAUUGGCGUUAUGAUGAGAUUGAGGAGGGACACAGAUUGGUUGCACAGAUAUCAGACUAUCAUGAAUAUUACAAAACUGUAAAGGAACAGGAUGGAACGAGUGCUAUUGACUUUAGCAGUGGUGACUCUUCUUGGAAUGGUGGUGGUAUUCACUUCCGCCUCGCUGACCAGGGUCAGUCUGAGCUCUGCAUGGACUACUUUGUAUCUAGUGAUGAGAGUUUUACAAAGAGGUGUUGGAAGAUGGAUGCACAGGGAAGUAAAGAUAUUAUUCUUGGCCUCGGGGAGUCACAUCAAUUAGAGCACAAGACACUACAGAAGAAAGUACUCUUGUUCAUACCAGCGGGCUCUGUGAAAUUAGUUUCAGGUUAUAAAGCUGUAUCAAAUUCAAGAUAUGGGAUAUACACAGGAAAUAAAGAUGCUAAUCGUUUCUUUGCAAUACAGAAAGCAGAGGACCAACAGGUGACUGAAGUCAUGUUAAGUUACUACUACAGUCUUUACGGUGAACCAGGUGAUGACACAUUCUUCCUCGGUCCACGGAUAAGUUAUGUUCAAGGCUCUGGUGGUAAAGACACGUACAUCAUUCCUAAAAAUGGAGGGAAAACAACCAUUAACAACUACGAUCCUUCCAAAGCACAAGACACUCUUCAUUUCAGUGUUGAUUACAGCCACAUUUCCGUGUCUAAAUCUGGAGAUGAUGUUGUGUUAAGGUAUGAGGGCAGUCAUACAGUGACCAUAGAAGGAUGGUUUUUAGGGGAACUGUAUCGUCACAUGAACAUGAUUUCAGGAGAUGGUGUUUUAUUUGAGAUUUCGUCCACUGUGAUUUCUUCUGUUCGGCUGGUGGCCAGAGGAAUUAACAAGAUGUUUGAGGAACAUGGUGCACGAGUCGAUUCAUCAGAGCCACUUUUACGUAAUGUUACCACCAUCUUUGGGUCUCGGUAUGAUGACACGCUCAUUGGGAAUGAAGAGAAGAAUGUGAUAGAUGGAGGCGGAGGUCGAGAUCAUUUGAUUGGUGCUGAAGGAGAAGACAUGUACAUAGUUAAAGACAGACAGCAGUCUUCAGUGUUGAUUGAAAAUCACUCCAGAGACUUGAAAACAGACCUGGCAAUAAUAGAGGCAAAUCUUCACACUUUUAAAGUCAGUGUAGAAGGUGAUGAUGUUGUUCUGAAUGCUUUCCAUGACAACACUGACAACACAGCGAUCCGUGUGACUUUAAUGAGGUGGUUCACAUCUCCAGAAGAAAGACACUUGCAUGUUGUCACAAAGGAUUUGAUCACGUUCACAAUCUCAGAUAACAAGGCUGACUGCCUGCACGGUGACCCGUUCACCAAGUGUAUAAAAAGUCUCAGUAUUGACUACAGCAAGUCUCCAUCUCGUCUGGUGGUGGACCUUCAGGAGGACGAGGCUCUUCACAGUGUGACAGAGGUCCGUGGGUCAGAUUUCAAAGAUGUGAUCAGAGCGAACAAAGAGCCCAACGUUAUUGUUCCAGGAAGAGGAAAUGACUUCAUCCAGGGUAGAGGAGGAGAGGACUGGUACGUAAUCACACCAGGUCAAGGAGUAAAAACCAUCAACAAUGAAUCACCAGAUCUCGCCUUGGACAUUCUCUUCCUGAAAGAACAGUAUCAGUUCAUAACAAGUACUUGUGACAGACGGAGCAUCAUAAUUUGGGUAAACGGUAGAAAAGAAGUUAUUUUACAGAACUGGUUUGAUUCAAAGAAUUAUCAGCACCUGCACAUCAGGACCAGCGAUGGAAUAACAGCUGGAUUCAUUUCCAACCACAGCAACUGUGACACAUCUUUAAUGUUGCCCUUAACUGUUGAUUAUAGAAACCAGAAACCUGAAUCACUCUUUUCAUUCCAAACACGUUCAGGUAAUGUAGAAGGCGUGUUCUCUUUCUCUGAGCUUGUUGAGUGUUUCACAUACAGAAGCAAAAGUUCAACAGACAGACUCUUCUGUGGCCUUCAAGGCAAAAUGAUGAAUGAGACCGAUGUUGGUUCAGUGAAGGAAGUGUACGGCUCCUCAGGUUUCGACAUCAUAGUUGGGAACAGCAAUGAAAACUUGCUUGAUCCUCACACUGGGGGUGCAGUGAUGUUUGGAGGAGAAGGAAAAGACACUUACGUAAUCAAACAUGGAUACGGAAACAAGUUAAUGAUUGAUAACUAUGCAGAAGAUCUGAAUAUUGAUACUGUGUUGGUUGACAUGGAUUUCCUCAGUGGCAGUCGAAUUGCACUGGACUCAUCAGCACGAGAUCUGAAUGUGACGGUCGCGACAAAAGAGGAUCUGUUAGUAAUUAGUCUGCUCGACUACAACAUCGGUUACCGACACCAGCACCUUGAAUUUCAGAGCUCUGACGGAGUGAAUUUUAAAUUGAAAUCACUAAACUCGACUGGAGACGUCCCUUUGUUUGACAUUGAAGCUUUCAAAGUGACUCUGAAACAAUCGCAGGUUGACUGCCAUUUGGACCUCAACUCUCAGAGAAAUCUGUCAAAGGUCCAUACAGUGCAAGGCUGUCCCUCCGUGUCCAAUGACAUCCUAGGUAAUGAUCAAGACAAUGCUCUAAUUGGUGGGUGGAAGGAUGACGCCUUGGAAGGAGGUGAAGGAGAUGACACACUGAUGGGAGGGAAAGGAGAUGACAUCCUCAUUGGCGACUUGGGAGAUGACACACUUUAUGGCGAGGAUGGAAAUGACACUAUGAUGGGAAACUCUGGUCAGGAUGUCUUCAUUCCUGGACCAGGGGCUGAUCUAGUGGACGGAGGUCCUGGCAGAGACACUGUUCUGUACCGGGGUGAUCAUGACACAGGUAAAGGGGUUUACGUUAACCUGAUUACUGGACAAGGCCGCUAUGCUGAUGCUGAAGGCGACGUGUUGAAGGACGUGGAGACGGUCAUUGGCACCAUCUAUUCUGACAUCUUGGUGGCUGGUUACGAAAGUUCUCUUCUCAAAGGCUCGGACGGCAAUGACAUCUUGGUGUCUACUGGUGGUGAUUACCUGGUCGGGGGUGAAGGGAACGACAUUUACGUGUUGGCUUUCCACGACAGUUCAGUCACCAUUAACAACUGUGCAAAGGACAACGCCACGGACGUCUUGUACUUGAGCUCAUGGUUACCGCCAAUAUUUGACUGCCAACUUUUAUCUGACAGAGUUCUCUUGACCUUCUUUGGACUGAAUCAAACUACUGUUAAAAUCACACUGGAGAGCUGGAUCAGUGAUGAUAAUGAAUGUGGUCAUUUGAAGUUGGUUUAUGGAGAGUUGGAGGUGUCAGUGGACAAGCUGCUACAAGAGUGUGAAUUGAGACAGGAGAAAGCAGUUUGGUCUUUAGCCUUAAGUUGGAUUAUCUGCAUCAGUCUUGUCGUUUUCCACUGUGCUUUCAUGUUACACACUUGCAAAAAAUUGGUUUUAAGGGCCCAGCAUGAGACAGUGGAACAAAUGGAAACAAAUGCAGAAGCAGUUUCCAUGAUGGCUGAUGCAAUGUAGUUUCGUGGUUCUGCAUCUGAAUUAAUCAUUUGUGAUUUACAAUCAUUUGUUGUUUAUAUUACUUUGAAAUUUCAUCAACCAGAUGCUGAAGGAAAAUCCCUUUAAUAUCAUACAUCCUGAAUCUUAAUGGUCUUUGCUUUGGUGUAUAUAAAUUAUCAUUACUGUCAUUGUAGAGGUAUGGGGCUGAACGUAUACCCACUGUUGUUUGGUAGGAUGUGAUGAGGCUGAGCAUAACAAGCUUUUUGUUGAUGGAAGAAAGGAUUUAAAACUUUGUAACCCUUCAUGUUCUCUCAGUCAGCUUCAUGAGGUCAUCACCUGAAUGCUUUUCCAACAGUCUUGAAUGAAUUCCCAUAUAUGCUGAGCCAACAACUCAGCCCAAAUCUUAAUUGGGUUUAGGUCAGGUCAUGUGAUGUAGCACUCAAUCACUCUUUCACAUGGACACAUAUCCUGUAGAGUCUGGAGGUGUGUUUGGGGUCAUUGCCCAGUUGGAAAUCAAACGAUGGUCCCACUGAGCUCAAACCAGAUGGACGGCAUGUCUCCAUGUCGCCGUGUUGGUUAAGCGAGCCUUGAAUUUUGAAUGAAUCACCAACAGUGUCACCAGCAAAGAACCUCCACACCAUCACAUGCUUCAGGGUGGGAACCACACAUGUAGAUAGGCCUGGAGUCAUCAAACCAAAAGUCCAGAUUUCCCCUGGUCUGAUGUUCAAUCAUGUGUCUGCUACUUGAACUUUGUUGAUUUGUGAGGCUGGUAACGGGGAUGACCUUCUCUGCAGCAGAGCUAACUCUUGGUCUUCAGAGUGUUUGAUGGUUUUUGUGACUGCACAUGAUGACACAUUCAAAGCUGUUGAUAUUUUCUGGACCAACCGACCUUAUGUCUUAAAGUAAUGAUGGAGUGUUGAUUCUCUUUGAAUAGCUGAGUUCUUCUUGUCAUAAUGUGGAUUACAACAGUAGUCUAAUAGGGCUAUCCACUGUAUAGAACUGUGUACUGACCCAUCUCUGAAGAACACAACUGAUGGUCUCAAACUCAGUAGGAAGAAAAAAAUUCCAAUAAUUAACCUUUUACAAGGCACACAUGCUAAUUAAACCACUCCAGGUAACGACCUUAUGAAGCUGAGAGAAUGAAGAGCCUGCAAAGCUUUAUCAAAGCAGGUGACUACUUUGAAGAAUCUAAAAUAUGAAGUAUAUUUUUCUUUUAUACUUUUGUACUUGCUACAUAAUUGCUACAUGUUACUUCUUAGUUUUGAUGUCUUUGAUGUUGAUCCACAAUGUAGAAAAUAACGACCAUUGAAUGAGAAUGUGUCCAAAAUCUUAACUGAUGGAAUUAUUCUGUUUCUGCCUGGUUUACUUGCUACUUGUUCUUGGCUUGAGGAAAAUCUGACUGCAAUAAAGAUUUUUGCACAGUCA